AUGGGAACUCUCACCAAGACCGUCUCAGCAGAAGGUCUCUGUGUGUACGUCACCCUGGCUGUGUGUUAUGGUAUGACCACCAGUACAGGCCUGAGCAGCCCUGCCCCUAUCCCACAAAUUCUACCAGAGAGCUUCAUUGCACCAGGGCUUACCCUAAAUGGCUACCUGGCCCCACACCCCACCAGCUCCUUCUGGGACCCCAAGCCCCAUGGAGGGGCCCUCUGGAACCGGCUCCAGCUACACAUUGACCGCCAUUACAAUCCCAUCCUGAUGCCCAAAUCAAGGUUCUCUGAGAUCAGGAACUUUACAUCUCAAAUGGAGGAUUUUCAGGAGCUGCCCCUGCAGAUGUUUGUGUACUCCAUGCACUUCAGGGACUACCCUGUCCUCAUUGAGCCUGCUAAACUGUGUGGAUGUGGGCUAAAGAAGGGGCAGUGCCCUCUCCUACUGCUGGCCAUCAAGACCCAGGGCCUGAACUUUGCGAACCGCCAGGCCAUCCGGCAGACAUGGGGCUUCGGGGCGACGGGGAAAGGCGGGGUGGUGCGGAGGGUCUUCCUCCUAGGGAAGAACCAUGUAGAACCCCAUGUGGACAUCAGUGAGUUGCUGCAGCUGGAGAACCGCCACUACGGGGACAUCCUCCAGUGGGACUUCCAUGACUCCUUCUUUAACCUCACCCUGAAGGACGUGCUGCUGUGGGACUGGCUCUCCGCCCACUGCCCCCUGGCACGCUUCGUCUUUAAAGGGGACGAUGACGUCCUGUUGCGGACCCCUGCUCUCUUAGACUACCUCCGGGAGCAGACGAUCCAGUCAGGGGGGCCCAGGUCAGAGGGUAUGAAGGGAUUCAUGGUAGGGGAUGUGAUACGAGCGGCUGUCCCCAACAGAGUCAACUCUACCAAGUACUUUAUUCCUGAUAGUUUCUAUAAUGGGCUGUACCCUCCGUACGGGGGUGGGGGAGGUGUGGUGUACUCAGGGGAGCUGGCCCUGCGGCUCAACCGUAUCUCCCGGAGAGUUCACCUGUACCCCAUUGAUGAUGUCUACGUGGGCAUGUGCCUCCAUAGGCUUGGUGUCCACCCCAUCCACCACCCCGCUUUCCUCACCUUCAACUUCCCCAAGAAAGAGGGGGUAGAGCAGUGUGCGUACCACACUAUCUUACUGGUACACAAACGCAGCCGUGCUCAGGUGAUGAAGCUGUGGUCGGAGAUAAUAAGGAGCCAGACAGAGUGCAGCAACACCAUCCUGAGAAUGGAGAAGGAGAAAAAGAAUACACUUCUGAUAGAUCCAUUUAGUGUGAAAGACAACGAGGGACAGGAACUUCUGACAGAUCCAUGGGGUAGUUCUGGAAAUUCAGCUCUAUAG